AUGGCGCCGAAAGGUAUCUUCAUCGACUUCGACUUCGAGAUCCGUCGUCCUGGUCAAAAGUAUAGACCCAAGACCUCACUCAAGGAGCUCAAUCAGAUAUGGGCCGGCCUACGCACGAAUGCGCGCACGGCGCUGACGACCAAAAUCAAAGCAGCCGAAGCCACUGCGGCACGCGCCGCAGAACAGACCCUCAUCGCCAAUGCGGCAAGAACGGCUUUCACAAGACCCGGCCAGAGCUUGUAUGAUUUCCAAUCGAGGUAUCGUAAAGCCAAAGAUGAGGCCGAAUACCUCGACACGUUGGAAACUCGAAACUUGGCUGCUUGGAAAGCUCUUAGGAAAGAGUACAAGAAACAUGGGACACUACCACAAGCCACCAAAGAUGCCGUAAAGGGCGCUAAAGAUACUGUCAGAGACCGGCUGAUAGUCGUCGGCGGCAUGCGGGAUUUCCUAGAUGACUGGAAUGACACAGCGAUGCCUGCGCCCCGAGACGACAACGACGAGCCCAAGAUAUUGGAGAGCUUCCUGUCAGCUCGACGCAAGGAUGCUGUGAGGAAUAAGGUGGCAAGAGAAGCUGCAAAGGAAGGAGAAGAUGACGUGUUGCCUUCUGAUGAAGAGCAUAGAUGGCAAGCCUGGAAGUCAAUAGGCGAAGGAGGUAAUGGCCAGGCUUGGGUGUGGGUGUGCUUUGAUCAAGAUGACAAGAUUAUAGAGAGAACGGUCAGAAAAGAUACCGACUAUUCAGCACAGUGGCACGACAUCAGAUGGUGGACCGGCGAAGACAUCAGAGAUUACAGAAAUCGUGCACCGCUGGAGCACACAUGCCAUGAGCGUAUGACAGCCACAGCACAACCUGGACACACUGUGCGAAUGACCUCAUCCUGGCGACCCAGUCUUGUUGAUCCAGUCACACAGACGCAUAGGAUCUACACAGAGUGGUGCUUCUUGGGCGACCUCAUUUCGCUCAUCGAACGAUAUAGACAAUACGAGACCGAGGCAGACAGAGUCAUCCCGGAGCCUAUGAUAUGGGCCACAGCAGAAGCUUUGGCCUACGCAGGUCUCGCCAUGGCCAAAGGAUCUGAGGAUCCGACAGCACCGCCAGAUGAAGACUGGAAGCCUGUCGUACACAGAGACCUCAAACCCGACAACAUCUUCCUCACUAGCCAAGACAAGGCGCCCAACGCCGCCUGGAGCACGACAAACUACCCCAAAUGCCUCCUCGGUGACUUCGGCAUAGCCUUCCAAACAUUCCCCAACGACCACCGUAAUCCGGACUCCUACCACACCGAAGGAACUCCCAGCUUCCUCGCGCCAGAACAGCACAACUACAUCAACUUCCAGACUCUCGAAUCCAUGAAUCCCCAUAAGCUAGGGGAGAAGACAAAUGUCUGGGGCAUGGGAGCUAUUCUGUGGUCUUUGGUCACGCUGAAGAAUGGGCCUGACAACCCACCAGAUUGGAUCGGGAGGAAUCCAGAGGGCGAUAUGACGUAUCGCCUCGAGGACGACGAGGGUUAUGCUACAGGAAUGGGCAACGGCGACAAUAGCGACGACGACGAGGAGGAGAAAUCAAACGCAUGGCGCUACACCCCCGCACUACGCCGCCUAAUCGAUUCCUGCCUCUCCCACAACCCCGACGACCGCCCUGAUUUCGCAAGCAUGCUAGCCACCAUCCAAGCAGAAGGCGAUGACCCGGGCGAUGAGCCGCCGGAUGAUGAAAUCGGGGAGGAGGAGUAUGAGGGCACGUUUGCGACGAAGGGUAUGAGGAGCGGGUGGGCGAGGGAUGCGACGAAGGGGAAGUAUGCGUUGAAGAAUAAGGAUGGGACGUUGUGGGGGCCGGUGGAUCCGUAUAGGGAGGGGUUGGAGAGGGGGGUGUUGGAGGUGGAGACGGAGAGGGAUGGGGAGUUGAGGGAGGCGGACGAGGCGGAUGGGGAUGAGGGAGAGGAAGAUGAGGAUGAGGGGGAGGAGGAAGAGCAGCAGGAUGAGACGGAUAUGGAGGAAGGUAACGAAGCAAACGGCGAGCAAGACGAUGAAGAGAUGGAAGAUUGUGGGUAG